UGGCUAGCUGGCGUGAGUAGAUUGGUGGUUAGAGCUGAAGUCCUCUUUGCUCGUAGAAGCGCUUCUUCCAUUCCUCUGUAAUAAGGCUGCGACCAAGGUUAAGGUUUCCUUUUCAAUGGAGACGGACAGAGCCGAUGGGCGAACUCCCAAUCAACUGAGACCCUUGGCCUGCUCUCGUUCCAUCCUUGAUCGCGCCCAUGGCUCAGCCAGCUGGGCUCAAGGAGAAACCAAAGUGCUUGCUGCAGUUUAUGGACCCAAAGCUGGAACCAAGAAGAAUGAAAACCCUGAAAAAGCAUCCAUUGAAGUUAUUUGGAAGCCUAAGACUGGACACAUUGGCAAAGUGGAGAAGGAGUACGAGAUGAUAUUGAAGAGAACUUUGGAAAGCAUUUGCAUUCGAACCAUAUAUUCAAACACCACCACUUCGGUUAUAGUCCAGGUUGUCCACGAUGACGGUGCUCUCCUUCCCUGUGCAAUAAAUGCAGCAUGUGCUGCACUUGUUGAUGCUGGAAUUCCCCUAAAACAUCUUGCUGUGGCAAUGUGUUGUUCUGUAACUGAUAGUGGUUGUAUUAUACUGGACCCGACUAAACAUGAAGAGGAGAAAAUGAAAGCAUUUGCCUAUUUGGUUUUUCCAAAUGCAAUUGUGUCAGUCCUACCAGAGAGAUCAUUGCAGGUGGGUAGUGAGGCCAUGGCACAUGGAAUAAUCACAUCUGUUACACAGGGUGCUAUGUCAGUGGAUGAUUAUCUUCACUGUCUAGAACGAGGCCGUGCUACUAGUGCUAGGUUAUCUGAAUUUUUGAGGAAGAACAUAGAGCCUAAAUCUACUAGUGAGGCAGAGUGUGAGCAUGGUGCAAUGUAACUGAGACGAUAAAAGAUCAAGAGAGUA